AACCGCGUGAUCACGACACCCGAGACCCGUCCUAACGUUUUAUACAAGGCCAUGCGAAGUUAUUCGGAUUUUCUUAACUCUAAAACAGUAUUAUCGUGUAUAUUUUGUGUACUCUGAUUAGUAGGCACGUUAUUACGAAUGCGGGCGGUAUUAAUAAGAAAGCGCGGUAACAACCGGCUACCAAGUAUACGCGAUCAGCUGCACGCCAUUUUGUUAUGUUGUUCUCUCUUUCUGUUCUAGUGUUCGUGUUGUCUAUCUCUUUCUAUAUAACGUUAUUUGGCACGUGUGUUUAUUCGUUGUGUGCAUAAAAACUUGCUGAUAAAGUGAUAAACAAUAAUAAUAGUGGAGUGAGCACAAUGAUUACCAGAGACACUAUACAACGGUUUUUGGAAGACAGUUGCGGUCCGUAUAUAGAACUGGAGUUUGAAUUUGAAUCGUCGGAGAAAUUUCGUUUUGUUAUAAGGUGUAAGCUCGGUAAACACAAGGAAGACUACAAGGGAUUUUGUAAGACGUUCGUAGAUAAUUUUUCUAGUUUCACAAAUACAAACUGGAUCGUGCGCUCUUCGUUUCCAAAUUUAAAAAGACUUGCUUAUCGAAAAAUGUAUAAAUGCCAGCAUAAUUCUUUUAACAAGAAAUCUGUUCCCCGGCUAAACCGAGAGCGUGCGCGCGGCUGUAAUGCAACACUUGAUUUAACUUUCAAAUUAGUCAAUAAACAUACCUGCAGAAAUGAUCAAGCUUUGAAAGAAGGAUAUUGUGUGGUGAUCAAAGUAAGUUACUGUCACAGUCAUGAAAUAAAUGCAGCGACUGCUUACAGCUUCUUGCGAAGCAGUGAUGAGACGGACGAUCGUUUUAAGGAAUAUUUCAAAGCCGGUAUAACUCCAGCAGCGGCGAUAGUGUUGCAUGAAAUGUCUAUCAUUGAAAAAUAUGGUAAAGAAAGCUCCGUUCACUUAGCAAAUGCUCAGGUAAACCCGAGCGAGAGACAUGUUUACUACCUUUAUACGAAUUGGCGCAAAGCAAACAUUAUUGCUACAGCUGGUUUGGAUAUUAACGAAGUGAUCGAGAGUAGACUGACAGCACUUCGAGAAAAAGAUUUCAUUUUUGAAUACAAACUAGAUCCAAUCAAUAUUGUUGUUAUAAGUCCGAUUAUGCAAAGAAUAUACGAGCACAAUACGGCGAGAGACGUGCUGUAUAUCGAUACGUCGUCGGCUUGCGACCAGACCAAUGCAUACAUUACUGCCGUGUUUGCUAUUAGUAAAAUAGGCGUUUUGCCGAUAGCCUUCGCUUUGCACUCGUCACAAGUGACAUCCAGUUACACUUUAGCAUUUUCAAUGAUUAAAGAAUCUCUUGAAAAGAAAUUCGAUGGAAUAAAAAUGAAUCCUGCCGUGAUAAUAACUGACAGUAACACUGCUGCACGUAAUGCAUUAAAAUCAUUAUUCCCUAAAGCUCAAAUACCAUGGUGCUCAUUUCACGUAGCGCAAUCUUUAUGGCGAUGGCUUACAGCUCCUGAAAAUGGAAUUCAUAUUACAAAACGCCCCAGUAUUAUGUCUCAUUUUACAAAGAUAAUGUUUGCUGGUACUCAAUACAACGCCGAAAAAUUGUUCAAGGAUUUAAUUUCAGACGGAUAUGUUAAAUGUUGUUCUAAUUUAAUUGUACACUUGCAUGAUAUAUGGGACAAUAAGAAUGAGUGGUGUACGCCAUACAGAAAGAAUGCUUUACACAGCGAGUGCAAAAUAAAAUACACAGAAGCUUCGAUGCGGAUAUUCAGAGACGUUAUAUUACAGAGAUGUAAAGCUUUAAAUCUUUUCGCUAUGGUUGAUUUCUUGUCGAAUAUUUUUGAAAACUAUCUACACAGACGGAUUUUCAAAUACGCGCACAAUCGCGAAAUAAACAAUUUCGCGUACUUGAAGUUUUACAAAGAGACAAAAGAUGUUGAGAUAACACGUGUCAGCGAUACAGAAUUUAUGGUAGAGUCCACUGCGGAGAAAGACGUCAAGUACACUGUUGAUAUGGAGACUGUAUGCUGUGACUGCACAGAGGGGCGAAGCGGUGCUUUUUGCAAACACCUUUGCGCUGUUGAGUCUGAAUUUGGUUACCUAUUAAAGUCGUGUCCAGAAUUAUCGAGCACCGAGAGGGAAAUAUUCGUUAAAAUCGCUUGCGAAGAGGAGGAGCUAGAUGAAUUCAUUGAAUUGUCCGACUAUCUCGGAUGCCCUAAACAUCCUGAAAGCUCUGAACAUUCUCAAAGUCCUGAACCCGAAGAUCCUGAGAGCCUUGAACACUCUGAAGCCCUUAAACACCCUGAUUGCCCUGAACAUCCACAGGGUCUUGAGCACGUUGAAACCCCUGAAGAAACUUACGAAUUUAUGUAUGAAGAGGAUUCCAAUGAGGAUACCAAGGAUCAGUUAAUUUCAAAAGUUAAGGAAGAGCCCGAUAUAAAGCCGAAUGUAGAGACGGAUAUAGAGUUUCCUGCGGAACCCAACUUAGACCUAAAUGCGUCAGAAUGUUUAAUACCAGAACGAAAUAACGCUUUCAUAUUACAUGAAACUGCAGAUCCAGCAUUCAACAUGACCUACAAUGAAGCUCUGGCUGAAAUGGAAGUAAAUAUUAAUAAAAUAAGAACCAUUUUUAAACGUCGACCAUGUUGGUCUAAUUUAGAAGCGAUACAUUUGUUCAACAAAAGAUUGAAAACUGUCACGACAGACGCAGACGCACAAGAUUUCGUAUUCAAUAAUUUUAAAACUGAACAUCCAUUAGAAAAGCUCGAACAGACAACUGCAGUACCAAAAUGGAAAAGAAAACACGAAGAAGCAUUCAGGGAUUCUAAUUAGAAAUAAAAGAGUAGUAAGCUCCUUUGCGAGUUGGACGAUGAUCCAAGCGACGAUGUGUUCUGACGCCGCGCUUCAGCCGCCCGCCGCCGCGCCUCCCCCCGCACCGCAGGCUACGCGCAGCUGUAAACGCCGCGUAGCAGCUGAGUAUCGUAGCGCAUACGCCGCGUGAGCGCUACGUAUGCGUCGGGCAGUUAUAUUAUGAGGCUACGUAAUACGUAAACUUCUUGCAGUUACAACGUAUGCUCAAAGCAGUGCUACGUAUGAUUAGAAAUCGAUACUUCAAUGAUAUUAUGACUAUAUCACUGUGUUGCGCAUAAAAUCAGUCAAGGCCUAUGCCCCACAAUCGUAGCGCACGCGCGGCAUACGAAUAAGUAUAGCUACAGCUAGAUUGCAAUUUUUGAAAUUAUCUUUAUUUUAGGAGUUUGCGCUUUAUGAAAAGUUUGAAUUAAAAAUGGUUGUGAUAUAACAUUUGGUGAAGACAUAAUGAUUUAGGACAAAAUUACAAUUAAAAUUUUAAUAAGUGUUAAGUAACUCCAUAUUGUUUUUAAAACCAUGACAAUAAUACUUGUCAGUUUCUCUGCCUGAUCAUAAAGCGUAAACUUUUGAAAUGUACAGAAACACCAAUAUAUAUUCGUUAUAUUAAAAUACUUGGAGAAUGAUAAACACAAUUAUAUUUAUAAGGGAGGUGCUAUAAUUAAAAUGUCAGUAUUAAAAAUUAACAUUUUGGCGGGCGUCGUGGCUUUUGCUUUAAUAUGUAAGAAAAUUGAUAAUGUCGAAAACGUCUCUUUAUUCUAAAAUUGAUCUAUGCCGGAUAGUUUGUAAGUGUUUCGUAUGUAUUUUGCUUCCGAGAACGCGUUAUUUUUCUCAUAGUUUUAAUGUUAUCAAAAAAUGUUCAAAGAAUGUACCUAAAUUGUAAUAUACUUGAUUUAAGCUUUCAUAAUUUCGAUGUAUUUUCGAAUUUCAUUCCAUUUCUCUGUUCGAAAGUUGGCUAUUCAAAUCUCGACUUUAAACUAAAGCUAUUGGGAUGAAACUCGAAUAUAAGCUACUUUUUGCCAGUAAUCAUGAAUCUCGAAUAGAAUAAUAAAUUUCAUAACAUUCAGCAUUUAGAUUUCAAGUUGGAAUAAAUGUGAGUGGUUUUUUUGGAAAAAUAUUAAAUUUUUUGGCUGACUCAACGUUACAAUAGUUUUUAUGAGUGAUAAUGUAUCUUAUUUGUUCUUAAAAAGUUUUACUUUACCUUGUUUGAAUAUUUUAAGAUUUUCAUGUGAACACGUAACAUCAUUUCAGACCUUAAGAUUAAUAUAAAACAAUUGUCUAAUAAAAUAUUUAUUAGACAUUAUUUUCGACGAGUAAAAACUUUUUAAUGUCGACCACGUUAGCCAAUAAUAAACAGAAUGGAUUAAGGACAGUUUCAGACUCAAAUCGAAUUUAGGUUUAUAGAUCUCAUAAGUAAUGCUCUGGUUACUUCGAUAAUAGUAUUUUAUUUGUCAUAGCAAUAAAUCCUAGAGGCUUGUGAAAUAAAGUGAAGACAGCACCGGCCAAAGGUCUAUAUAACUCGAUUCCUGCCGGCAUUCGUAAUUUAUGUAAAAUAUAAUUGUCAUUCGGAUGAUUUGACAGCAUUUAUGCAUAUUAGUAUCUAUAUGUUGUGACGGGUUUCGGAAAACUUCAUCCUUCGCCAUUGGAAGACAGUAUAGGUAUUUACUAUUUAAGUUGUAAGAUUUUUUAAGGGCACUGUUGGAAUGAUAUUAUUUUUUUGUGCGGCAAAGUGACUCCACUGGAUCUGAUGGUAAGUGAAGUGGGGUUGAGAUAGAGUCGACUGACGAGAUAUGCCCUCGCUAGUCGACACAAUUAUGCCGGCCUGUUUGAAUAUUUUUUAUGCCAAUAGAUACCACAAAUAGUGAAAUAGCGCAAAUCACACAUAGAAAAAACCUGCAUAUGUUAUUGUAAAUAUGUAUUAAAUUGUUUAAAUUUAUUUUUGUGGGAUUAAAUUUAUAAAUAUAUUCUAUAUAUACUCCGUUAUUGUUUAGGUUCAAUGGUUUGUUAUCCAAUGAACAUGUUCAAGUGUAAAAUAAUAUUUUUUUAAAUAAAAGAAAUAAAUUCAGAUAAAGACAAACACCCGUAUUCAUAAACAUUAUUUAUCUAAGGAUGGAGCAUUGCUGUGAUAAUAACUGUUUCUCAGCUUUGUUUAUCUGACAGCUUGCUGUUUGUUCAGCUUUGUUUAUCUGACAGCCAACUAGAUUCAAAUUGUAUCUUAAUAUUAGCCAAUCACAACGGCCCUAAGUCUACGCACUGCGAAGGCUGCCAUGCCGUCAGCACUAAGAAACAGACUUGUUAUCAAUACUCCGUCCUUAGAUAAAUAACGUUUAUUAAUAAGGGGGAAAGUGAUUCAGUCCGCACGCUAUAAGCAUAUACUUAGUUACAUACUUUUAACGUAUUUUGAUAUUUAAAUAGUGUUGCCAUCAUUUUGACACCGAAAUAGCACAGAAGAAGUAGCGUGUUUGACAAUUCAAAUUGUCUAUAUUGUGUUAUAAUAUUUUAUAACGACAAAGUUAUGAAAAAGGAAGAAUCUAUCGAUAUACAUGUUCAUUUUGACGUUGCAUUUCUAAAUAAAACCACAUAUUUACUUGGAAGUAACACUUUAUAGUAAGUUACUUGAGCUGCAAAUGUAAAAAAAGUGAAAGUUUCGAACAAAAUAAACAUUAAUAAGAAGUAAUUUUUAUUUGACGCGCCCUAAUGCCAUUACUAUUAUAAGAGAAUUCGUCGCAGCGGCAACAUCACACUUUCAGUCAAAAUUCAGAAAUACACUCACGCACACACCAUAUUCUAAUUUAAACUACAAAAAAAUCAAUAAAUCAGAAAACUAAAACCCGGAUUUUUGGUGAAAAUAUUUGUCAUUAAUGGAUGAUUUUUGGCACAAUGUCAGCAAAGAUGAAGAUGAGUAUGUGGUUUCAUUUAGUAACGCAAUGUCAAAACGACCCUGUAUGACAUAAUUAUGCUAUCUAACGUCUAAAAAUUGCGUAUCUAACUGAGAAAUGUUCUUCAUUUUAUAGAGGCGUAAGAAAUAUUGUCAGACUCAAAGCACAAUAACCUUUUUGCUGCUGUAAAAAUGUUUUUUUAAUUUUUAUUUGUAAAUAUUUUUUCACUAUUUGACUUCGUUAAAUUUCUUGUUUAACUUUAAAAGCCCAAACGUAUUAUUAAUUUAGAUUGAGUUUUAGUUAAAUAAUAUUGUGUAAGAAAAAUUCUAAACGUACAUUUCGACAUAGUACCAGAAAUAUAUUUAUUAAUUAUAAUACUUAUACAGUAAAAUUUAUAGUCCAUUAUAAUUAUUCGAUUUCUAAUAUGAGUAAUUAAUAAUAAAAACUAUUUUUGAAUAACAGAUUAUUUUCGGUACCAUAAUUGAUUCGUAUGUUCCAUAUUUGAAUUGUUUCCAUUUUCAAAGCUUUUUUUUUAUUGCUAUUCGAUUGUUGCUAUUUGAAAACUAAUUUUAAUUGCCAGCAUUAAUGAGUUAUAAAUUCAUUUAUGCACAAAUAAUUAAAAGAUAUUAUACAUUGAGUGAGUGUAUUUACCGCUACGAUAUGAAUGUAAAUAGUGAACAUAUAAAUGAGAUUAUUUUAUUGUAAAAUUUAAUUAUAGUUAAGUAAAUUUAUUAUCUUUAAGGCAUCACAAAGCGCGUGAUACACAAAGAAUUAUGUCGAAAUAAAGCUUUUAUUUGUA